AGGUUUUCAAUAUAUGGUCGCCUAUAUUUGACCGACGCUGUAUUUCGAUUUUAGAAAGAUUAAACCAUCUUAAACCUGGUGAAAUGCAGCGCAAACAGGAAACAAUCGCUGCACAGGAAAAUUUGAUAGCCAAUGAAAUCGUUUCUUUCAAACGCUUGUUCGACUUUUGUCAUCUUGAUUUUCAGAUGCGAAUUUUGAAGUAAUCGGCAAAGUAACAGGUUCAUUUUGAUAAAUCUGUGCAUAUUAGGGAAAGUUACAAUUUGAAAAAUAAGACAGUUCAUAUUUUUUCUUGAAUUAGGCUCUUAUAUUUGCAGUUAGCGCAAAAAUUCACUUUAGAGCUCCAUUUGAUAGGCCAUGACAGUCACGUGACCAUCGUUUGGAAAAUGGCGGCUUCCAAAAAUUUUCAACAUGGACACUGAAUAUACCGAACGAUGUUGGGGUACAACAUAUAAUCCAUGUGUCAUAGGGUUUGUAACAGUUCUGGGUCUCUAAAACAUCGGGAUUGAGCACCCAUGGCGACCCGAUCACGGCGCAUGAGGGGCCGUCCUCCAAAGACCCCUUUGUCAAGUAAUCGCACAAAUUUUCUACGAAAACCGAAAGCUUUUACAACUUCGAGUGACCCAAACUCACGAUCAAGCACACCUGUCAGUGGGCCUUACUUUGGUAUACCCAAUUCCAGAGGCAAUGGCAGGUCUGACAGGGGAAGAGGCAGGGAUUCUACAGUCAAAAGCAGAAGUUUCAUCAGUAGUUUCUUGGGAGAUGAUGAUGAAUUAUCGUCAACAGUGGAUAUAGUAGAUGCAGACCGAAGCAGUGACAUUACUGACCUGGAUACUAUCGAUCUUGAAAACAAUGAUACUGAUGACACCUAUGAGGGUUCUGACAGCGAUUUCAGCGAAGAGAGUAUCAGCACCAUUAGUAGUUCAGUCAGCAAGAGAAGAUUAUUUUCAAGAAGACCCAAGAGUCCAGAUAUACCAGAUGACAAGGAAAUACCUCCUCUUACUCUACCAACGAGUUCUACUGAUUUAAUCUUAUCCUCGGAAUACCUGUGUCAAACUGUUGGAAUCUAUGAAGUCCUUAGACAUUUCAGAACUAUACUAAGGUUGUCCCCUUUCACUUUUGAAGACUACUGUGCUGCUUUAUUGAGCGAUGAGCAGUGCACACUGAUUGGAGAGAUUCAUAUAUGCCUGUUGAAGGCGCUAAUGAGAGAGGAAGAAAGCAAUAGCACUGUGUUCGGACCUCAUGAUUUGAAAGAUAGUAUAAAUGUAUCACUGUUCUUCAUCGAUGGAAUGACAUGGUCUGAAUUAGCCAGAGCAUAUUUGGACAGUGAUCGUCAUGAUGAAUACCGUUCCGCUCUCCCACCUUUGGAGUCAUGUGAUUUUCCAUUUGUUCCAAUAUGUGACAAGUUAAAAGUACUUCAGACCCUAACGGAUCUGUUCCUUGCAACAAAUAAAGUUCGAGAAGAGAUUACAAAUGAAGGCAAUAUUCAGUAUGAUGAUCAUUGUAGAAACUGCCACAAAUUGGGUGAUUUGCUGUGUUGUGAGACAUGUUCCGCCGUGUAUCACCUGGCAUGUGUAGACCCGCCCCUUAUAGAGGUUCCUGAUGAUGACUGGCUCUGCAAUGUUUGCCGAGCUCACCAGGUUAAAGGUGUAACUGACUGCAUAUCUGAGGCAGAAAAAAGUGGCCUCCUUUGUCGACAAGAACCGAUAGGGUUUGAUAGGCAUGGGAGAAAGUACUGGUUUCUCGUCAGAAGACUCAUUGUUGAAGGGGAGAAUGAAGUCUGGUACUACAGCACCAAGGCCCAGAUUGAUGAGCUGCUCGAGGCCAUGGACGGACGGGACUGGGAGCGAGACCUCGUGUCCACUCUUCAUGAGAUGCGGGAUGAUAUCAGCAAACAGAUGACCAUUACAGAUGAGCUCACAAACACUGCCAGGGGGAACAAGAAAUCAACCUUAGAGGUGGAAACAAGUCAGCUGACCAAGCUUCAGUCAGAGCGAGCACUGAAGAAGGCCCAGGAGGAAGUGGAGAAGAAAGCCAAGGAGGAGGAAGAGAAGCGGAAGGAAGAAGAGAAGAAAUAUGAAGCAGCAAACAAGAUUGAGAAUGAUGAGCAACUUCCUGGAGACAAGGAUAGGAUUAAUCCAGUUAUGGAGAAGACGGAAGUUACAACAGCAGCAGCCACCACAACUACCACUACAUCCACCUCAGCCACUUCUGUCCGUGGUGUGAGUCCUGAUGGGGCCACCACAACAACACAACAGGUGACGGAGACGACGGAGACGACCACCAUCAAGUCCACUACCUUCACCGUGUCAUCAACAGGGCUCAAACCAACGGAUACUGAAGACAAGGAAGAGAAGAUGGAUACCUCAGAAUCCGUGAAUCAAACCAUCAACAGCAGCUCAACUCCAGCGGAAGACAAGUCUGGGACUGAGCAGCCCAUGUCUGACCCUGCGGGAGGGGCGUCUGAAAGCAAGUCGGAGACGGAGAGUGAAAAGUCCACCAAUAACCCCUCCAUAGUUAGCCUUCAGUCAGUUUUCCCCAAUGCCAAGACAAGUUUGUUAAAGUCAUUGGACGAGAAGACUGCAGAUGGAAGCCCUCAGACUAAGACUGUUCUAGUGGUAAACCGCGAGGGAGGGAAAGUUACCUUGUCAGUUGCAACACAGCCACUAGCUGAUGGGGCUAAAGAUCAGUCUCUUGUGUUGGGGCAGAAAACUACCACCACGACCUCCACCACCAGCACCGUGUCAGCUCUAGAAACACGGAAAAUUCUGACCCGCUCCAAAACUGGUUCUUUGACCCCCAAACAGUUUACCGAUUCUGUGACCUCAACCACGUCCUCAUUCAAGAGCAGUGGGAAAACCUCAGCGGAUGAUGUUCUAGUCAUAAACCGAGACGGGGAGAUAACACGAGUCACUCGAAGCAAGAGUUCAAUCAUGGCGUCUUCUGCAACAGUCUCUCAGUAUUUCAGACUUGGUAACGAAGGCAACUACAAGUUGUACCAGAACCAGUAUUCCACAAACACCCUGGCCCUCAACAAACACCAGCAUAACGAGGAGCGCGACAAACGCAGGCAUCUGUCUCACAAGUUCAGCAUGACGCCGGCCAGUGAGUUCAAAUGGAAUGGGACAGUGUUCGGCAACAGGAUGUUGACAGUGUCCACUCUGAGACUGAGCAUCACGCAGCUGGAGAACAACAUCCACACACCAUUCCUGCAUCCCAACUGGCCCAUUCAUCGACAGAACUGGCAGAAGGCUGUCCACAUGUGUCAGAACCCUCAGGACUUCGGCCUGGCGCUGGCCAUUUUGGAGGCUUGCAUUAAACCAGUCAUCUGUAACCCUGUGUGGACCGAGGCUCUAGGUCACAGUCGAUUACAGAGGAUCACCACAGCAGACCGCGAGGAGAUGAAGAAGAGGGAGAAGGAAGUGAAGAAGAGGAAGGAGGAGGAGGAGGAGGGCAAGCCUCUGGUGUGGAUCAAGUACCCCCUGGGAUUGAAACAUCAGGUAUGGAAGCAGCGAGGAGAAGAGUACCGAAUUACUGGGGGCAACGGCUGGCUCUGGGAUAGCUCCGUCAGGAACUACAGCUACGUUCCACAAGACACAGUCGGACUCCGCGCUGUGGCUGUUAAGCUUCGAGCCAGGAAGAAAAAGGCUUUGAAAGCAUCAAAAAUGGCUCUGGCUUCUGAGAAGAUGUUACAGGAUGACAAAGAAGACCCUGAGUUGUCAAAGAGCAAGAGCAGUGUGGAGGGGGAUGACAAGGUGAAGGAGGAAGAUCCAGAGAAAGAUACUGACGUGGCCAUGAAGGAGAGCAAGAGCGAGGAAGAAGGAGGUGAGAAGAUGGAAGUUGACGAUUCUGAAAAGGAGGAUUCAAAAGAUAUUGCUGAGAGCAAAAGUGUAGAGGAAUCAAAAGCUGAUCAAACAAGUGAAAAAAUGGAAACGGAUGAAGUUGUGAAAGUGGAAAACAAAGAAAUCAAAGAUGAAACGGUCGAUGAUGAUGGGAAGAAAGAUUUGAAGAACAAGAAGAAGGACGAAGAUGAGAAACUGGAGGAAGAAUUUCAGGAGUUGCAGAAGCAGCUGCCCCCGAAAGUGGAUGUGGAUCUGAUUGAUGUUGGCAAAGCUAUGUUGGAGAGGACAUACUACAUUAAGGUGACAAAGCCGUACGCCAAGCUGGACGGCUUGCUGGACCGGAGACAGAAGCAGGACGAGUGGGAGCGGAAAAACAGACAGGCUUUGGAGCAGCAGAUAUCUUGGAAGCAGAAAUGGCAGUCAAGUAAAGAUGGAAAGUCAACUGACUUUAAAAUUAAAGUUGAAGAUUGCAAAAAGUCACCUGAGGUAAAUGGUUUGGAUUUGAAACCCAGUGUGAAAGGAUAUAAGGGUAUGUGUUAUUCCUUGCUAUGCAGGACAAAGGGUAGUGAAUGGUGUUACUCCCCAGUGUGUCGAAAGGAAAGGCAGUCUAGUCCAGAUCUGGAUGUGUCCAAACUGAAGGGUGAACCAGGUGAGGACAGUGUCAAGAUGGAGGAUGCGGGGCCUCCUGACAUCGACAUCAGCAUGGAGGAUGAGGAGAUCGAUGUGGAAGGGGACAAGGAUAACAAGUCAAAUGGCUCAUCAGUUGAUCUCAUAAAUUCUCUCAAAUCUGCAGUCAAAGAUGAUUCUAGUAAUGAUGCUUCAUCCAAAUCCAUUCCUGUUCCAAAAGAAGUAGAGGACGACAAAAAAACGAUAAUCAUUUCGGGAGGCAAUGCUGGUUCCAGUGGGAGUGUAUCCAUUUCAUCAGAUUCCAAAGUGGAAGGUAGUGGCAGCACAACUGCAAAGUCUUUGAUUAAUUCUGACCCAGCCAAGGUGGCCCAGCUCUUUGCAAACCGUGCAGGAGUCAACCUCUCGCAAGCACAUUCGGCCUUGCAACAGGCAAUUUCCAAAAUGAGCAUAGACGAUCUCAAGGCUAAGCUGCCUCCAGUUCGCAAAAGCACUGAAAAGUUCAAACUUGCAAAAUUCACAAAGAUUGGUAAACGUGGGGCAGCUAAGAGCUUGAAGAAGGCAAGUUUACCUGUGUGCCAAAAGUUCCAAAAUGCCUGCAAGAAGAAAAGCAUAUUUAUUCUUGAGAGGCAUGACCUCAGGAAGAUGGCUCGAAAAGGCAGCAAUAAAGAAGCCAGUGGAUUUAAUUACAACUGUAAAAUGAACAAUGUGAACUGGAUUUAUCCAUGUCCCCGUCCCGUGUUCCGCACUGCAUGGCGAUUUCGGACUCAGACCAUCAAAUCCCUGGCUGCAGCCGCUAUGCAGCUGAGGAUAUUGUGGUCCUGUAUCAGGUGGGACGAUGUGGCAGUCAAACCACCUGCAGGCGGAACAAACACUGUCUCCACGGAGACCGAAAUAACAACUACUGAGUUGCUGAAGCGUAGAGAUGUGGGACCGUAUGGUCUAAGGUCAGAAUUCCUGGUCAGGAAAAUUGUUGUUCCUAUUGGAGUACCAACUCAGCCAAAAGAGAAGUACACACCUCAGCGAAGUGGACUACGGGAAAGGAAGAGACCAGAAUCUCCGAAACAGACCGAGCCAAGCGUGACGGAGACCUGGGUUCCAGAGGAGGACCUGGACUUAUGGGAAAUCAAACAGUUCGGGGAAAAAUUGGAAAAACAGAGGGCAGCAUCACAAGAGAAAACCAUCAUUGUGACAACCACCACAUCAUCUACAGCAACAACAACUACACAGAACGCUGCUCAAAUAAAAGCCCAGAUGGAGCAGCAGCUGAAACAGCAGAGGUUUGCACUGCAGCAGAAGCGCUUGCAGGAAGCACAGGGCAAGACUGGCAUCAUCACCGUGUCCACGGCCACAACAACAACAGCAAGCAGCAUCAUCAACUCCACAUCCACAUCAUCAACACCCAUCAAGACCAUCACUCUGACGACCAACACAGGCGGGUUGAGCACCAUCUCCACACCAACCAUCAUCAAACAAGUUCAGAUGCAGCCCAAGACGAUAAUAGCAUCCAGUGCUCUCAACACAGCAUCCCCUGUGCGCCCUGGGGUAAAGGUUCAGUUGCCAGGGACAACCAUCACUCUCCGCCCCACAUCAACAGUCGCCCUUGCACCCAAGCCUGGUGUAACCUUGGCAACCACUGCCACAACCACUGCUCAAGCUGCACGUCUCAUCGCACCUGGACAAGUGCAGACACCUAAAGCUGCCGUGCGCCUCCCUGGAGCAGUACAGAUACGUCCCCAGGUGGUGGCCCAGGGCUUGCCAGGACAGGUCCAGAAUGUCCAGAUCAUCCAGGGGCCAUCAGGGCAGCUCCAGGUCCGGGGACUCCUGCCAGGUCAGCAGAUCAUCCGUCUCCCUGACGGCCGCCUGCAGCUCAUCACUCUGCCAACAGCUGCCACAGCCCAGCCCAUCACCGCUGUCUCUGCCAGCUCAGCCACCAGCACCGCCACCCCGACUGUCACCCAGGUCCAGGCCAGACCAACUGUUGCAAUACGACCUCAGACCAUUGUGGUCAGCGCUGCGUCAGUACCAGGGACCUCGGCAGUGAGCGUUGUGCCAGCCACCAGGGUAAUGGUUCCAGCCCAGUUGUCUGGGGCCAGCGUGGCUGCAGGUGCAAUAUCUAGUACAGGGGUUGUGUCGGCGGCAGCAGCCCUGUCAGGAGUUGCCUCCCAUGUCACAACUCUCGCAAUGCCCACAAGAACAUUAGGGGGGAGCAUUUUAGCCUCAACAUCGCCAGCUAAGCCAACCAUCAUCACAUCAGUGGCCAAGGUGGCGGGUACUCCUGUUGUGUCUGCUCAAGCUGUGAUGCCCAACACUACAACACAGAUCAUCAAGCCACUGAUGACGUCGACACUGCCGACCAUGACGCCAGUGGCGGUGGCCUCCGCAUCUGCUCCUACGGUUGUGACAACAGCGGCACCUGCCAUUGCUCCAAGUAUAGCCAUUCAGUCGACGAAUCAGCCGACCAUCAUCACAUCACCAGUCACUGCCAAAACAGUCCCACGACCUCUGACCUCACAGAUAACUGUACGGACACAACUGCCCGCUCAGUCAGCUACAGUGGCUGUUACGCCACGGCCGCUGACAAUUGUUACUUCUCCCACAUCAGCGGCAGCAGCAGUGGCGGCAGCAGCAACAGCAUCUCCUGCUGCUUCAGCUGCUCAGAAGUAUGCCAUCACACCUCAGGUGGUGCAGCAAGUUGUGCGCCAGGCCCUCAUGCAGAAUCAGACGCCGGAGAUCCAGGCCAAGCUGCUUGCCAUGCAGAGACAGAUCCAGCAACAGCAACAAGGGGGCACGACGGCCGUGAAGGUCACCACCCAGCCGGCGGUGGGGGUCAGCACACUCCAGUCCCAGGACCGCCAGCUGCAGUCUCAGUUCCAGCAACAGCUGGUCACCAAGCAACAGCAGAUUCAGCAGGCCCAGGCCACUGAGAGCGCACGUGCCAAACAGAGGACUCUCACUCAGGAACAGAAGGAUGACCAGAUGAGGUUGUCGGUGUGUAACCAGGUGCUGAAGACACUCCUGGACAAGAUAGAGCGGGAGGAGAAGCAGGAACAGAAGCGCCAGCGGAAGCAGGAAUCCGUGGAGGAGAAGCAGAAGCGCGUCAUGGCAACCAAGCUCCAGGGGGCGCUCUUCAAACACAAGGAGGCGCUCAAGAAGGAGAUCCUGCGCAAACGGACCCUGAUGGAGAAAAACCUGCAGCAAGAUAUACUUAUGGAGGUAGCAGACAAAUUGAAGAAGCAGACCAAGUCUCCGACCAAGCCGCCAGCCACGUUGCGCACCCUCCCUCCUGGCACCAGCCUUGCCGGGGGGAAGAAGAAGCUGGAGACCCUGAUGCCCCAGACUCCCUCAGAGUCGGCAGCAGCCAAGAAACGCAAACAGAAGAUCAUAUCAACCGGUGGAGGGCGUGCCUUUAACCCUAAAGAGAAACUAUAUUGUAUUUGUAAAACUCCGUAUGAUGACGCAAAGUUCUACAUCGGAUGUGACCUGUGCUCCAACUGGUUUCAUGGGGCAUGUGUUGGCAUCACUGAGAACCAGGCCAGCUCAAUCGACUCCUACAUCUGUGAAGACUGCCGCAAACAGCAGGAGAACACAUCAGAGGAACUGUACUGUGUGUGCCGAACACCUUACGACGAAGCACAGUUCUACAUCGGGUGUGACCGAUGUCAGGACUGGUUCCAUGGCCACUGCGUGAACGUGUCACGGCUAGAGGCGGACCGCAUGGACACCUACAUCUGCCCCAACUGCAUCAACAAGGAGCAGGCCACACCCAUUGCACAGAAAUGUCUCACAGACAAGGAGUAUGAAAACCUGCGGAGACUCCUCCGUAGUUUACAGUCACAUAAGAUGGCUUGGCCUUUCCUGGAACCUGUGGAUCCCAAAGAUGUACCUGAUUACUACCUGGUUGUCAAAGACCCAAUGGAUUUAUCAACAGUGGAGAAACGCCUCAAUGCUCGACUAUACCAGAAACUGAGCGAUUUUGUCAAAGAUGUGACCAAGAUCUUUGACAAUUGUCGUUUCUACAACCCAAGUGAUUCCCCUUUCUACCAGUGUGCUGAAGUCCUAGAAACUUUCUUUGUGCAACGCCUGAAGUCAAUGAGAGAGCGAUUCUAACAGGAUAAGGAGUGUUGGCACCCUUCAAAUGAGGAUUUAGUGUGAUCCACAUCAUGGACAUUGAAUAAUCAAUACUAUUCCGAUGCGGGACAGAUUUGUGGUACUGCCUUAAAGUGCUAAUAUAUUUUAUUGCAGUAUGGUUCCUGGAUUUGGUCACAGCAAGCUUGUGCACAGUGUUUGAAAUAAACCUAGUCUCAGACGAACUUUGUCUGAUUGAUGAAGUCCUGAAAUGUAAUUCCUGCUGAGUCACAAACAUCAUCCUGGCAGGCAGGCCUUCUUCUGAACACACUGUUCUGCGUACCACAUUUGUUGUGAGCAAAAAAUUAAUUUUCCCAUUGAUGAAAAUGUUUUAAGCAUUUACAAGUUGGAUGUAAACAUGACGAGGAGUAAUAUUAUUGAUAAUGACUAUACAUCCAUGUUUCAGGGCUACUCCUUGCCCUGAAACAUGGAUGUAUACUAGGGCUGGGGGGGGGCACGGGUGGCCCAGUCGUCUAAGGUGCCGCAAUUCGCUGUGCAGAGUUGCGUCCCUUGG